AUGAGUCCCAUCAUUUUUCUCAUAAUUCUCAUACCCAUUAUUUCUUCUGAGAACUUGCCGUUCGGGUGCUCAACCCAAGAUCUUCAGUUAACUGUGACAUGCCGUCCGAAACUCGCAAAACUUACCGAUGAAAUGAAAAAGAAUCCAUUGAACUCUGGAUUCCCCACUGUCGAAACACUCCAGAAAAUGUCAGGAUACUGUAAAGAGGCAAUGGAUUGUGUCAGCGGGGCCCAGUGUGAAGCAAUCAAGGAAAAGAUGAACAAGUUUUCGAAAAUGUGUCAGACUAUUGAUUUCAUGAAGGGACCAUACGCACAGUGUGCUGCGAAGCUGAAGGCGAGCAAGGACAAAACUGAAUGUAUUCAAUGGUAUUUCAGUGAUAAGUCAAGAAUGUCAACAGAACAGAAAUGUGCACAAUUCAAGGCCAAGAAGCAAUGUAUCGAGAAAGAUUUUGGAAAGUCUUGUGGAGAUUCUACUCUGAAAAGUUUUCGUGAGAACCAGGACUACGUCUCCAAGUUUGUAGGAUGUCCAGUGCAUUAA